GCGUUAAAGUCGUUGCGUCUUAGUCGACCGUGUAAUUUUGUGAUAAAAAUAAUUUCAACAACCUUGGAAGACGAAAAUGCUGCAGCAGAAUGACGACACGAAACUUCCGGUUCAAGAAAAACUGCUGCAUCGAAAUAACGUUCCAAAUCUUCCUUUUCUGCUCGAAGAAGCAUAAGUAGAGCGGACUACGUUACGCCGUAUCCAAUUUCUGCUUUACAUGACGAAACACAUAACUGGAAAUGAAAAUUCGAAUCCGCAAUUUAUUCGGAAACACGGAAACAAAGGCGCAGAGACGGUACAGAUCGAAGGGGUUAACGCCGUAUAGCGGGCCGACGUCGCAGAAGUGUGCCAGGUGCGGAGAAAUCGAUGCGAACGAGGAAACAUGGCUCUUGGAACGGAUCAUCCGACCCGCGACCACGAUAUUAAAUUAUCGAAUGGGCCGCGAGACCACGAAUCGUCUCAACAUGCACGAAAACGGUUCUGAAACUCCGUUUCCAAAGCAGCUGUCAACUUUUAGGCGGAUACCUGCGAGAGGUGCCAUAAAGCAUUCCGCUUCGAUCCUGCGGAGCAGAAAUAUUUCCACAACCGUGGUACCUGUUCGACGAGAGGCAACCGAGGAAAAACCGAGGCAAACAAAGGGAAUUAUUUAAACGAUGACAAACGACGCUCGACCAAGUCCUCGAACGGGAUCGAGCCGAAAAAAAUUAAAUUUUCCCGCUCCACCCCCUGGUGCGAGGUAGAAAAUACAAAUUACCCGGUCGGGAAUAAACGUCGUCGGUUUCACGUUCGACACCGCGACGCGGAGGUCGCCGCGAUUACGUUAGAAAACGAUUUUUCUUCUCGUUGCCGGGCAUUGUCCACAGUCCUCGUCGUUCCUACCUGUUUCACGGAUUGCUUUUCAGCGUGAAGACGCGAUGAACGCGUAACCGGUCGCCCGGAAAAUUCUCCACACGUGAUCGACUCCCACGCGAAGAAACGUCGUGGACACGAUUUCAUUAAGGACUCGUCUCGGGGGAUUCACCUACCGAGUUUCCCAUGAAUCGAACUAUAUUAUUACAGUUUUCGGUGUCGCUGAUUCCAGGCACAAAAACGUAACAAAGAACGAGUCCAGGUCAAGAGAGGAGUCACUGUCGAGUCACCUGCUUCUUUUGUAUUCUUCGAGGGUUUCACGGAUACCUCUAAUCGACUGUAAAAGAGAGUCACUCCAAAAGCAGCCACUUCAGAGCACCGGUGGACGCCUAUUUGAUUUACUGGCGAAACACGCGUCGUUCCACGGCCCGGAGUCGAUCGUAACGAGAGCGUGAAGGUGCAGACCAAACGGUACGUACGAUUUUCGUGGAACUCGACGGCUACCUGAUGUUCGACAAUUAUAAAUAUACGCCUGACGAGGUGUUCGGGGAACGUUUCGCGGUUAAUAACCUCUAUUAGUACGCGCGUAAAAUCGAAUGCAUUGGUUUACGUCUUACGAUUCUUAUUUUAAGCCUUAAAAUAAAUCGUCGAUUUAUGGAACUCGAUUGCCACGACCUAAAGGAACCCACUGACACCGGACAGCAACAUAACGAAUAUUUAACGUAAAAGCUUUAUCCUGAUAGUUGGCUCUGAAUAUUACGCGCACGAAAUUUCUCAUAAAUAAACGCGUAAACAUUCACAGUCUAGAGAAAAUGUUACAAGAGUCCGUCAAUGUUUCGCCGGCUGAUCGACACCCCAAUCUCUACCGCGCCUCGAUUCAGACGUCUUGUUCCACGCGACACUCCCCACGAUUUCGCCGACAACCGGUAGAAAAAUCAAAAGAGGCAGACGCGCUAUCGUUCGAGAAGCAAAAGUUCCAAGAAGAGGGAAGAAGAGUAAGAGUGUCGAAGGCGAGGAGGACGCAAACGCGCGCGGUUUGCGCCGGUUUCUCGCAUUCGGCAAUCAAUAACGGGCCUGUAUGACAGGCGACGCACACGGCUCGUUUCCGAGAGCGUGGCUCCGCGACGAGAUCGUGGGCCCCGUGCAGGUGUUGGUGCCCUGAACAGGGCACCGGUCGCGGAGCCGACAAAGGGCCCGGCAAUGGGCGAGCUGCAUUCGGCAUUUGUUUCUGGGGAUACUUAGAUCGUAAUCUCGCCGGGGUUCUGACUUUGGUGGUAGUUAUACGCGCCGUGUCUACCUCUCCUUCUCUAUCCCUUCUUGAAUACAUGAACAGACCCCGCCCCUUCCAUCCUUUUAUUCGCAGCUUCUUCGAAGAAUCGCUACGAGAUCGAUAACGAUCGAGGGAAUAACGACGGUGAUGGAAAUCGAGGAGCAAAGUGGAAAUUUCGGGGUUGCGUUCGAGUUUCGAGAUCUUUCGCAAAGCUUUUGGGUUCGGUUCUUGCGAGUUUCUAACCCCUCAAGCAGCGGUUACGCCGUAUACGUACGUCGAGUCCAAAGUCAGUCCACGGCAGUCUAUAAUCGGAUUAUGAAAAUUUCUUGCGUAUCUCGAUGUUUUUGCCUUGGACACGUUGACGGACGAGAUUGUGCCGCGUUGAAAUCUCGAACAGUCUCAUCUCUUAUUAACCUGCUCGUCCGAACUAAUCUUCUCCCGUUCAAUAAUAAUCUCGAUCCUCCGGUUAGUCGUAGUCCACUUAGUUGUUACAACGUGCAUCAUAUACGCUGAUGGCGGAAGAUUCGUGCGAUCGUAGAGUACGCAUUCAGCGAUGAACCGUGACGCUCGAGGAGUUAAGAACGUAAGAAACUUUGUUAACUACAAACGAUACAAGAAUACCGCUAUAUUUCAAAGUUCAACGCUAUCCAAAAACUACGUGCUGUCGUUUAUGAGCAAUUAACCUGUUAAUUGAAUCAUUUAUUAAACAGAAACUUCUAUCGACCUGGAAUUAUAGGUUAAUAAAGUCGGAUUAGCUUCUUAGAUUGGCUCGAUUCCUGCAAACGUAAAUACUCAGCAACUUGUUUCUAGGGUUUCGAAGCAAAGAAAUUAUUAGGCGCCGAAGGCGAACAAUCCGAUCGUGAGCGAAGAAUAAAUUUCCUACGAUGAACAGGUUAAUUACUCGAAAGAAAUAUAUUAUUUAGCGAAAGACGAAGAUUCUACCAUUCACCGUUCGCUUUGACCAUCGCUCUGGUAAUAUCGGGCGAGACGUUCUCAACGAUCGAAAAUCAGAUUAAUCGAAGAUUCGCCACGAACAAGCAAAACAUGACACGCUAGCGUGCGAGCGUUUUAUGGGAAGUAGAAAGGUGGAAUUUUCGCGCGACCCAACCGCGUCCCCGAUCGAGUAGAGAUAGAAACACGGCCGAGGUGAAAUGCCCUCGCACACCGGCCAAGGAGGUUUACGGGUGCCUCGCGCACCACUCAUUAAGCAUGGUAAUGCUCGUUCACCUUGCAGAUGGUGAUCGGUAGGUACCUACUAAUUACCCAAGGCUCGUUCUACCGAUGCUGUUAGGACGAGACCGUACGGGAACAAAGAUUUCGGGCCCACCAACGCGCGAGAUCGACUAAUUAAUUCUUCUGCGAGUGCACACGGGCCGGCGUUGCCCUCUCCGUGCCACGAGCGAGCCUCUGCCCGUAUCUAUCGAGAACCUUCGAUCGCCCUCCCGACUCGUGGAAUCUCCUUGAAUUUCACGCGUUGCGAUUAACGCUAUCUGCGUGAAUGCAGGGCGCUGCGACCAACGCCAUCGCGGUACGUUUAAAAGUAUUCCGUGCAAAUAUAAGCUAUAAACGCGAAAUACGAACAAACGAUCCGACCAAGAUUUCUCAUAAUUUGCGAUAAAUGAUCGUGAAGCGCCGUUUCCAAUCAACCAUUAUGUAAAGAAUAUACGAUACGAUCGAAACAACGAUCCUUCGAGUUUCCACCAGUUACUCGAUCAAGCAAAAGUAAAGUUUCCAACGCGUAGAUUCAAAUUGAUUAUGACCUGCUACUCCAUGACGUUACGUAGUAUCUUCGCGUAAGAUGCUUCGACGUAUCUGCACCACAGAAAUCUGCCGUUAGGGUCGAUCGAUCAAAGAUCGAACGUAUCUUACAAGUCGCUCGCCCGCUCUUUCGCUCCGACUCCUUCCAGAAGCUUUACUUCUGCCCGAUCGGGCUGUACCUCGGUGAAGCACCUCGGAAGACGAUCUUUCCAAUUGCGUCAUCGUCAGCGUAACAGACGUGGAGGUUUUCGAAACGUUCGUGGCUGUCCCCCCCCACCAAGCGUCAAACGGGAAAGGCGGACACGGUGAAAGAUUCGCGUCGGCGGCAAUAAUUAUCCGGCAAGGGUCAAGUGGCGAGUGUCGGCCUGGGCCGUGAAGAAGGCCGCGCGCGCUGAUAAUUGACAUGGCAGAUCGUCUCUGUGCCACGGCGCAGACGGACGGACGAAACGAGCGGAAGAGAGAAAGACGGGACGAUGCGGAGCUGACCGUGAGUCGAAGCGGAGAGCUCGACUAAAUGGCCGUGCGAUGUUCGAGCGCGGCUUGAAAAGACAUUCGUAUCAAUUAUGGGAGGUAAAGUUUCAGUGCCCCGCUAAGGAGUCCGCCGCGGAGACAGAGCAGCGCCUUUCGAGCCAACUGGCCCGCUAUAUAUUACCCAGCAGGGGUCCAUCUUACCCCCUCCACUGGUGCACGCUGCCCUAACCUGCGCCCUCCAAGAAGAACGCCGUCUAUUCUCCUUCAUCCACCUCCUUAUUCUCCCCGACCCUCUCCUCGCUCCCUCCUCACCCUCUCUCUCUCCUUUUCUAUUCUCUUUUUUCUUCUUUCGACGCAUUUCUACCUCUUUCGUCCGUUCGUUCGUGAACCGUGUUUCUUCUGGCCGGUUUCUAGUACAAAUUAAAUUAAUUUUCAAGGGGCCGACAUUAUUCUCUUAUGAAUUCCACAUAGGGGCCGGGCCCCGUGACCCGUGGAAUGGAGAUGUUUUCACGUGCCGCUCACGCUCACGGGACGCUCGGCUACACCCUGGCCCGGCCGCCCAUUAGUAAAACCCGCUUUCUUUCCUCGCUUUCUUUAUACCUUGUUCAUGAGCUCUAUCUGCGCCACGGAUCUCUGCCACGUCCAUAUUGCACGGGGAUGGUCACCUUGGCGAUAGUAGCGAGACGCGGUGUAGCUCGUGCCUUCUACCAUUUUCACCGUCUUUCAACGUGUUGCGACACGAAUAAUUUUUCUUACGAAGUAAAUUCCUUUUCGAUCGUCGGGAAAACACUCGCAGCGUGGCUUGCGUGUUACAGCGUAUCUGUUCCCAAAAAAAUCUCUUACCACGGUAACCUUCUAUCUAGGGUAGAACCUAUCGUUCACAGCUUUCCACGAACAAUUUCAAACCUCAUCGACUGCGCAACCUCCCACUCGUCUCAGCCUCGUUCCAAGCGUAGAAAAACAAGAGGAAAAAGCAAGCUAGAAGAAUUAAUUUCAGCUCAAUUUCCGAUAUCGGUCGUGCCUCGCCGUUGAAUCGUCGAGAAGUCUGGCUUGAAAUCACGUCUACGACCGAACGACGGGGUCAAACGUCGCGAUAAGACGACCCAACGUGCUGCCAACGCCGAGACGAUAAGCAAUUUGUAACGUUCGGUCGAAACGGUAAAAAAAUAAAGAGCGAGGAAACGGGGGAAAAAGAAAAGGAACGGCGGACCGGGGACGCGGGAAGGGGAGCGGAGGGUACGGAGGAAAAAAAGGAACCGUUCGGUUGGCAGCGACGUCGGCGAACAGAUAUGGAGCGUCACGGUCCCGUCGGCUCUUGCCAUGAUGAAACAUAAAUGUUACUCCCGCUUGUGUAAUUCAUGUCUAAACUAUUUAGAUAAGCCGUUAUCGCGUACAAACGAGCCACAAACUUGAACCUCCACGCUCUCGCCACCCACCCUACGACGCUAACCCCCCUUUUCUGCCCUCUGUUAUCCGCGUUUGCGUAAUCUCGAUCCUCCUUCUAUGCGGCCGUCAUCGUUUCCCUCGCACCUCCGUCGAAUCGCGUCCGACGAUUGUUUCGUCGUUACAGCCAGAUUAGUUUCAUCGUCGCGUAUUAUCGACCAACGAGAACUCUUCGGCAGUUUCUAAAGCGUUUAUAUCGCUUUGGUCUCGAGCAUGCGUUUAUUAAGAAUUUGUAUCCGAUCGGACGUGGAGGAAGAACAGACAGGUUUCAUUAUAUUCGUGUUUAGUACGUUACAAGUUGGACAGAUAAUUUGAACUCGAUACGCGCUAUUUCAACCGUCGUCGGGGUAAGAAACCAAAGGAACCUCUUUGUCACGCUGGUGAUUUCGUUGUGCAACGCGCGCCGAGUUAUCGCGAUCGAAUGAAUUUAGAAGCUGUUGCCAAAGCAACGUUAUUUCCGUACGUAUGAAUAGCUGCUCUGAACUAUCGCAGCUUCCGACCGUCGACCGUAAUCGACUCGAUGUUAGAUACCCUUUUGAUCGCGUCCUUAUUCCGAGAAAAGUGUUCCAUUUAUUAAUUGCAGCUGUACAAAUUAAAAUCAACAUCUACCACAAAAAAAAAACACAUACCAUAAACGACACUCGGAUAAGUACUCUUCCUAAAAUCCAUUGAUCGUCGCAACGAAUUGACCGUGCAACCUCGCAGAAAUCAACCAAUCUAUCGCAAUAGUUUUAAGCAAACUAGCCCAGCUUUCUCUUCGAGCGUGUCGACUAGCGCGAUCGAACGCCACGAAGAACAACGAUCUUGUUAAUUUCCGGCCGAUGAGACGGAAACUUAAUUAACUAUCUAAUAGGAAUAGAGAAGGCGAGCGUUGAAGGAAACGCUUGUAAGCCGUACGGCAAGAAAACCGCGAAAUGAUGCGAAUCAAAUCUUACGCCUCGGUAGACGUUAAUUACAUAGUAACGUGACCGAGGCGCAAGGCCACAAAAACGAUUUCGAACGAGCCAACAGCGAUUUCCAGAUUACGAGCGCGAACGAAAACGAGUUCUGCCGCGAUUAAUCAUAGAUCGAUUUCCUUGCCGCUCGGCCACCGCUCCUAGUAAUAUUUAACGUAGUCAGCACGGUGCAAGCAACGCGGAAAGAAAUCGAAUUACACAUCAACGAUCUAUCGAUCUAUCGAUCGAAUCUAUCGACCGAUCGAUCGUUGUCGCUGUUCGACGCCGAUAUCCAUGUAAUUGCCAGCAUUUUAUUUGUCCCGUUGAUAAUUAAUUGGGAAACAUUGAUUAGAGAAUUAGUUAACUCGCGAUUAUCGUCGCAUAGUUUGUAGUUUCGACCGAUAAGAGCAGAUAGAUAAAUUGGAAAAUUAAUACAGGAAGUACGUUCGAGAUAAGCAUGGCAUAACUGUUGCCAAACAAACUGGAACGACGCGAGCGUUGCAUUAUUAAAAAAGGAUUUAACGUUUUCAAAGUUCUCUGGUCAACGCGAUAAGAUUCGAGCUAAUCGAUAAACGGGGACAAUUUUAUCGUAUCCGGAUGCGGACAGUGAGUUUUGGAUGCCGACAAAGCGAGUUUGCCUAUGUAAAAACGUCGAGAAACGAUGCCAGUUCGAGGCUGCAUUAUUAAAGAUGAGCUCGUAACAAUAUCGAACCGGCAGACAAAUUGGACCACCCUGGGCCUACCCCCUGGUGCACACGACGCGCUGUCCAAAACAAAAACCAUCACCCAAGCUACCAGCUGAGAUAUCAAGAUAACGACGAUCCCGACAGAGGAGCUUGUCUUGUACGCGAGGAAUUCGACUACACGAUAUUUUCGAGGAUUCGUUCGACCGUCGCGUCGCGUCGAUCGAUACACGCUACCCUGUAAGAGAAUUCGUUCCGAUUCUUCGACUUGCGGCCACGAGAAUUACCGAAGCACUCUUCGAUGCAACGAGCAAAGAAUCGUGAAAUUCGGUGUUGCCAUCGUAAACAGAUAUCCUUGACAAAUAAUAAUUUUGCGUAUAGACGAGAUAUCGAUCGAUCCUUGUUCACCCCUUACAUCGACUCGAUAUAUAACUAUAUAUAUAAUUUUCAAGCAAAAGAAUUUGCAAAUCUAUAGGACUAUCGUGGCCUUUUAUCGUAACGUAGGUCGAACGCCAAGAGGCAAAUUAAUUAAGUUGAGAAAAUGAGGGGACUUGGAAAUAAAGCCUGUCCGUAGUUUGCCAACUUAGUUUCGCGUGUAAGCGUCGAAGAAGUUGGUACGAUAUUGCCACGAGCUACGAGGACGCUUAUUAAUCGGCAUCGCUAGAGCUCGAUCACCCUGCGCAAAUUACCCAGAAGCCUCGAAUCACCUUAACCGGUAAACGAGACGCUAGAGAUGCCGACGCGUUUCGCUGGCCGCGCACGUUCAUCAGAAAACGCAGUCGGUGUUGAUUUAUUCUGAAACGCGCGUUGAUCACCGUCCACGCACACGAGACACCUUCGCAAAUUACGGAGGAUCCCUUAAUGAUUCUCGGUGCACGCUCGGGGACGCUCGCAAUCUCCCCUGAUGACAGAAAGGUAGAACAGAAAAGAAUGUUAAUCUCCUAUUCUCUACAGCAGCGUCUCGAUUUUUUGCCCUGCUCCCAGCUCGCCCCUUCUGGCCUUAUUUUUCGUGAUUUAUGACGCUUGGAAACGCGGGUCCGACUUUUUCUAGGCCGGUCAGCCUCUGGAACGGUCCAAAGGUCCCGGCUAAUUUCGUAAUACACCGAUUCGUGGCCGCUGCUCGAAAUUCAUUAACGUCCGAUAACCGAUUGAGAUAUCGCCGCCAACGUUUUCCCUCGUUAACGAUCUCGCCCUGUCGACCCGUGGGCCGAUCGUUUUUCUUCAACGAUAAUCCUGCUUAUUGAAUUUCUCCGCAUCUCUCACUCCUUCCUCCCACCCCAGUUUUAUUUACGAGACAUUCUGUCCCCGAGAUUUACCGAUCACCGACGGAUAUCAUUUCGGGUUACCGCGUACGAUUGCGAUGCAUUACGAGUUACAUGGUUUCUUUUUCUUUGCAUUCGAUAUUCUCUUCUUUGGGAAGUUGGUAAAACGGCUGCAAGAAUAUAAGAAUAACUUUUAAAACUUUAUAAGGUGCGCCAAUUGUCUCGUUAAGGACUCUGUCCAAUUUGAUAGUUACAAUAACGGUUUAAUCGUCGGGGGACACAAAUCGGGAUAUCGUAAGGUUUGUUAGUUCUGAUCAUUUAGGGGGUUGAAGAGUCGUUGGAAGAAAGAGGAUGUCGCCAUCUGGUCAAACAACGGCGAACGCUAUCGAGAGAACGACCGAUGAGGGAUAUCGUUUGAAACACGUAUUGACGUCGGUAAAAUAGGUUUCUCUGUUCCGUUCGCAACGUUGACUUUGGAAAACGUAAAAGGCGAUCGAGUAUCCUCGGUAGAUAAGUCGACGAACGACUGACCACGCGUAACUGACGAUUUCAACCGAUAAGUUACUGCUCGAGCAAAGUGUACUCACGGAAUGACGAAAUGUAAACGUAUGUAAAAACAACUACCAUAUACAUGCGUACAAAACCUUCCCGAAACUUAAAAAAUAAAAUUGACUAACGCGAUCAAUCUCCGCUUAACAUCCGAUAUAAUUCGCAUCAUAUUUUUAAUACUUUAUUCGAUGUAACCAACUUUAAACCAAUUUUAACCAAAUGGAUCCGAAAGGAAUGAUGGCAAAUGCGAAAGAUUUCUAUCUGGAUCGUAUUAUCCGGAUAAUCCCGAGUAUCCGAAGCAUUCGAACCACUUUAAGGGACCAAUGAAAGUUGACGCUAAAAAGGAUCGGAGUUUGUUGACACGAAGUUCCAGUAAGGUAAUCCAGGGAUCGGAGAUAUCCUCAAGUGGCACCAUAGACACGCUUCCCUGCUUCUUUUUUCCUUACGGAAAGAAACAGUCAGAACGUGUCUUAAUUUGACGUAAAGUUUAUUAACGGCACUUUGACGUUCCGUCCUUCCACUUAAAAGUUUACAGAUUUUUUCACGAAAGCAGAGACAAGACAGCGCUCUCGGUUCUAUCCAUCUUCCGCUGGGACGUAGCUUCGGAAAAACUUUCGUUAAUUCAUAUCGGCUUGUGUAAAAUAAACUUACGUAAAAAUUAUACAAAUUAUACGUAAAACAUGUAAAAUAUCUGUGUAGAAAAGACAGGACGCUUUAUUUUUCAGAGUAGAAAUCGCACGAUCCGUUGCUGGAAAGGAACAAUGGCGUUAAUAUCGCUCCCGCGUGUCCGACGUCGAGAAUACGGCGAUCUCGCGUCCUGACGUUGACCAGAGCACGUGGAUCGCUCUUGUCUUAGCAUUUAAGUAUCGAACAACAAAUAGAAGACGUCGGCCGGCUAUCCAAUUACCCGGUUGUUCGCUACCGAUGCCAGCAACAUUCGUGGUUAUAAAUAAACGACGCGUAACGCGUCUCGCCUCGACCGGCAAUUAACCCACCGAAUUAUUACCCGCGUAAUUAGUAAUCGACAGAUCGUCCUUCGACCCUCGUAAAAUUCCAGUUAUUUCGAAGAAUUAAUCGCAGGAAAAAUCGAGGCUAAGAUCGAUAAGAUAGAAAUGAAAGAUUGCGACGGAUUUAACGGAGCGUGAGUCGAUCGAUCUGUUGCAGGCUUGGAAAGAGCAGUUUCUAGGCUUAACGAGAGAAAGAAAAGGCGCAGAAAAAAGAGGGAAAAGAAAAGGCGCAGGAAGGAACGAGUGGCCAAGCCGUAUCAUCGAGGCGAAGUUUCUGGCAAACGUGGCUGCGUUUUCGGUUGCAACGCAGAAAAUAAAAGGAGGGAUGCGCCCGUCUAGACAUCCAGAUCCACGCAAUUGUCUGGCUCGCUCGUGAGAAAACUUCCUAGCUCGUCUAACUUCAAAAAUGCCCUCUCUGGACUCUUUCGACACAAUGGAGCGACUGCACGUGACCCUCUCUCCCGACAAACGGUUGGUCUUUGCCUCCGUUUUCCUGAUUUCUUGGCGUUUGUCAAACGGCGCCUGAUUAAUUAACAGACUUGGAUUCGAUGGAUCGCGAGAAUUCAUUUGGACGAUCGUGGCUAGACGAACGAAUAAAUAAAUAUUUCUCUGUACCUCGCGCUUGUUGAAAUUUUUACUAGACAAAGAUGAUCUGGUACUAGGAAUAUUAACUCACCAACUGAUUUAUAAACUGAGAAAACCAAGUACGAAGCUUGAAAGAUUUGAUAUCACCGAAUGGAAUUGCGGAUAUUUGUCGCUUUCUAAGUAGAAUUUUCUUCGUAUUGUUAUAAAUUUGUCUUCUUUAUAGCAAUCGAACAUACGCAGAAUGGUCAAUUACAUUUUUUUUUUUUUUUUAAUGGAGUUGGAACAGUUGAGAAUUAGAGAAAGGAUUGAUCCGAUACGCAUCUAUGCACUUGGAUCGUUGCAAUGAAAAGAGGGACGGUUUUUCGAUUUGCCGCGAGAUAGGCCACGAAUAUAUCGUGAUUCUUUUGUCAAUUCUUGACAGGGGAACAACAAGACGGACGAAGAGGAAGAAACCUUCCGAUCACUCUCAUUGCCGAAUGAUGACCGUGUCGCGGUAAUUAUACGUAACUUUUCACGGUCGUUGAUACAAGACACAUGGACGAUAAAAACACUUCUUCCGGUGUGGAAACGACCUGUCGGACUUGUCUACCGGUGGUGUUGUCUCAUUGCUAGUCACGUAAGGGAGGGACAAGGAAGAGAAAGAGCAGAUCCUGGAAACACGGGCCCUCAUGGGCGGCAUCCGACCCCCCACGAUUCAGGAGGCUAGACGAUACGGCAACGUGCGCUACGGGAUUUUUCUAUAAACCGUACACGGAUAGUUGGCCAUCGUGGAGGCCGCAUGCGGCUAUUUAGACGAGAGGCGACGGCACAAAGGACCCUUUUGUACGGGCCAACACGGCCAGCCCGUGUUGCAACUGGACACCACAUUGCAGCAGAGAAGAGAGCUUCACGAUCGCAAAGCCUCGUUACGCGAGCACGAUUCCGCGCGAGGAAGGAACCACUUGUCUUCUCGUGCGCGCGGAAAUCGUUUCCCGUUUUCUAGCACCAUCGCUAAUUACUCGCUAUUUUCCUAGAUAAACGUCGAAAGAUCAAAGACCGGAGAUGACGAGUUCGAAGCAUCGUGUUUCAUCGUUGAUCUACAUCGUAUAUUUUAUACAGUAAGAAGAUCAGCGAUGACAUUUACCGCGUAAGAGACAUGGAAAGUAAAAAGAAUUCUCGUAAUACGAAGCAACGUGACAUUAUCGAAUGGUAAAGAAGCUGCGAAGAAAGAAUGUCACUGAGCCUGCUAUUUACUCGAAUAGAUGCGAUCGUUCAAUUUUCGACGGCGAUCUUUCGAUUCCACCAUAAACGAACUACAAAUGAACACAUUACGAAUAACAUUAUGAAUAAAGACCCUAUACUGUGCCGUCAAUCUUACGUCAAUUUCAUCGGAUCGAACAAGACUUAAUUCAUUAGAAUCUGCACAUACGCGUUAUAAGUAAAUACACCUAACCGAUCGACCCGUAUCAGAUUUCAUUCAGUCUCGAUUCCCGCAAAGUUGCAACUUCAUUUUCGCGUUUUAGCGAUAUAUUCGAACAUCGUACGUUCAAAUAUAUAUUUAAAUAUCACGCCGAGAGAUCUUGGAAAGUUAGAAGGGCGAACGAAGCUGGUGCAUUUGAGGUAGUCGCGUCGAGUAGGCAAAGAUUGGAGAGCUUAGUAAAAAAAAAUGGCCGAGAUUUUCCAGAUCUUUCCGGGGAAAAAGUGCACGGUCUGUGGAGAAUUGUUUAAAAAUCGAGCGACUUUGGGGCGCGGUGGCUUCACACGACGCAAGCUCUCCAGACGCCGGCGCCGCUUUCCCACAAUUAAGAAGGCGCCUCGGUAUCUCUUGGCGCCUACCAUGCAUCACACGGCCACACAUUCACGCACGCAUGCACGCACGCGCCGUCUCCGUGUAAUUCCGCGUACUUUCCACGCGUAGAAUAAUAAACAGCCGUCUCGGUUGGCAAGGGUUGUCGGUGGUUGCUAUUCGUUCGCGAAUUAACAACGAAUUCCGGAGCCUCUUAAACCAGACACCAUUGAUAUUCAAUAGCUGUUUUGCGAGAGUUGUAAGCGCAGAGUGUUCGGCAACGAACGUUUCUCGAUCGACGAUUUUUUCCAUCACUGUCGAAUCGCGCGUUUACUCGACACGACGGAUCAGAUCCGCAGGCUAAAAAGACGUUACCCGUUAGAUUUAAGCAUCAGAUUCAACUGGAAUCAAACGUUUAUUAAACACGAAAUAGUAGCACGCCAGAAUAAUUUACUUAUAAUUCUCAACGAGAAUUGGUUGUAAAAUUCUUCCUCUAAAAGUCUUCCAAAUAAAAAAAAAUUGCUCGUUCGAAUAACGGAUCGUAGAGAAUUUUGCGGUUUCUCGAUGAGAGGAAAAAUUUGAAACAUAACGCGCAGAGUAAUUAAUUUCUCAGUCGGCGAUUUUGUUGAAAACGAAGGCAUUGCGAAUAUAAAUUGUCAAUUGGCAAAGCGUCGUCGGUGACUGUUUUUCGGUUGCGAAUCAGCGACGAGUGCCGCAGCUCCGUAACGAGACAGCGUCGAAACGAAAGAUCUGCUUUCGAAGAAUUUUAAACGCAAACUUCUCGGAAAUUUUGUCGAGAAUAUCGUCGAUGAUCCGUAGGAUAUUGGACGAUAGGAACGAAGAGUACGAUUAAGUUUUUCAAAUCCAUCGACAAGCGCGAGAGGUUUGCAAGAAAAAAAUAUACAAGACUGGAUGGUGCGCUGUUUCGGAAAUUACACAAAGGACCAGGUAGACCGAUCGAGACUUAAACAGGCCAAUUUUUCGAAUUCCAAAUCUUUAGGACCUCAAGCGUCAAGGGUUCAGUGUGUUCCGAAAGACGCAUCUGGUGUAUGUUACUUUCGACUCGUCGAUGUCGCGGGCUCGGGGAUGAACCACGAGGAUCUCGUCCUGCCGUCGCAUCGGCCAAGAAAAAUGAAUUGUUUUGUUUUCAUUUCCAAGCCCGUUUCGAACCCGUCCCAAGCCCGUUCCAAGCCCACCAGCGAUCCCGUCACGAAAUCGAUACCCCGUGAUCGCUAUAACUUGUCACCCCUGAUGAGUUUCGUUCGUUAAAAAAUUUGACAGAUAUCGUAGCUGCAAAAGAAGAAGAAGAAGAAGAAAAAGAAGGAGAGGAAGAAAAAUAGAAGCGAAACUUUCGAGGAUGAAUAAAAAUUUGUGAUUCGAUCCAAACGUCUUUCAAAGACGCGAUUAAUUACCGAUAAAUUUCUGAUUUAUGCAGCACUUUUGGUCGAUGGAUUCGAGUUGCGAGGUAGGGGGAUUACUGGCGAGACGGUAGAAGGCGGUAAUCACGCGAAUCGAGAUUUAAUCGCCAGUUUUAGAAGCCUCGUUCACGGUAUGUCUGGAUUGGUUCGAUUGUUGGAGCAUAGGCGGGCCUUCGGUCUUCUCCUCCGCCCCAACGUUAGUCGCCGCGUUAUGGCUGACCCACGGCAAAAACCGAUUUGCCAUCUCCUUGAUCGACCCCGCACUUCCGAUCCUCGUAAUUAUCAUGCGACGCGAGGAUGAGUCGAAUUUUUUUCACUCAACCGAGCUCCGACCGAUUCUGUGCUCCGAUACUUUGCGUACAGACGGGGAAAACACGCUGCAUGGAAUUCGAUGUUACCGCGCGUCACCGACGCUCCAUAGCUUGUCGUACAAGAUGCUUUUGUAUAAACGUUUGCCAACAACACGAGCUCGGUAACCGUACUUAACCCCGAAACUGUAUUUAGGAAGUCGUAGAUAGCCGGCUCCCAAUGACAUUCGAGAAUCUCGUAAAAAGGGCAUAAAAAAAGAAACGAUCAACCAUCGAAGCUCACCCCUAAAGCCUCUAUUCUAUGGAAACAUCGCCUAAACAAGUAGGAAAAAGGGCUGGAAAUAUCGGAGACUACCGUAUACAAUCGAUUAAAAGCACAUCGAAACUCACUAAAGUAAAGCGAGACGAACGGGAGGAAAGCAAUUAACUCGAUUUCGUACGCCCUAAACUUCAUCCCCGAAUUAUGCAGUUAUGAAAAAAAAAAAAAAAAAACAAGGAGGAAGGAUCCCCGCUCGAAUAGUUUGCCUUUCGUCGAUUAUCGCAAACUGCCUGCAAAUUAUUCAUCGACCCAGAGACAAAUUAAAAUCUCCAAUCGGAGGACGCGACCACCCCGUAGAACCGAUGUUUGCGCUGCUCUACGAGGCUCACGGACGUGGUGGGAGUGUGCUGGUAAAAAUCAGCCGCGCUCACACGCACACCCACCUCCUGUUCCUGUGUGUGGACCACGGAGGAGAGACCAACACUUGACUCCCUCUGUCAGAGCAAGUCACAUUGUGCGUCUGCCCUCCGGCCUGACCGUUCGACCGUGGCCAUCAUCCCCCGAGAAGGCGAUUCGCGGGCGUUCAAGGUGGUGCUCGCGCGUGUCCACGGUUCCAACGAGUCGCCCGAAAUCUUUAUAGUUUCGUUCGACAGCCCUUGCCCGUAACGAUAUCCUUUCGCGACAUUUCAAACGCGAUUAACCCCGCACGGCGGACGAGAAAGUUGGCUCGAGUUGUCAUCGGAGAUUACCGUUAGUUGAAGUGGACGACGGUUGAAGAGUCGGUGGUUGGAAGCUGGGGAAUUAUCGUUGUUCGAGCACGUCGUCCGAAUGUCGUAAAACGUUUUUUAGCGAGUUUCAUGGCUGAAUACCGGGCUUCUUCUAAACGAAGAUCGCGCGAGUUCUUCGAGUGGCACCGUUCUUUUGGAGGACAACGAUGAAAUCGUAGAAUUUGUCGUCGACGAGCAACGACGAAACGGGAUUUUGGUACAGAUCGUGCAUGUGUUCGAAAAGUGACUGUUUUCACGAUCGAAGCAUCGGAAAGUGAAGUUUGUCGUUCGAGUAUUUGCAAGAGUCGUCGACAUUGCUCGAGAAUGCGUUAGAAUGUUGCCUUCCUCGGUCUCCGGAACCCCGUUCAGCGUCCGCGACAUUCUCAGCGAGGAUCAACAGCUCGGAAUCAUGGAUUGCUACCCGUCUGUCCACCAUCAACAUCAGCUUCAACAACAACACGUGCCUCAGGAAUAUUACGGUUAUAAUAUCGUGCCGGACAACAACUGGGACGUGGAAAAGUUCAAGGAACAAUCGAUGCCGACUUAUCCUCACUAUCCUGACUUGGGUCACGUUCAUCAGUUGAAUCAGAUCGCUGCUCCGUACCAGGAUCCACCGGUUACAGAGGACGGUAACGUGGUUACAUCGAGCAAGACGGAGCUGCGAAAGAGUCAGUCCGGCAAGAGGACAAAGAGGAAGCCGAGGGUGCUAUUUUCUCAAAACCAAGUGUACGAGCUGGAACAGCGAUUCAAGCAGCAACGAUACCUAAGCGCCCCAGAAAGGGAACUACUGGCUCAAACUCUGAAACUGACCAGUACCCAGGUGAAGAUCUGGUUCCAGAACCGACGGUACAAGAACAAACGCGCGAGGUUAGAGGACGCGGAGAAACUUCAAGCUCAGAACGCGAAGAACCAGUCUCUGAAGAAGAUCCACGUGCCGGUAUUGAUCAGAGAUGGUAAACCAAACAUCCAGGAAUCCUACAAUCCUUCGUACUGGUCCAACAUCAGGCCAGAGCUCGGCGUUUCGAUGCAACCGGACUUUCGAAUGAACGAAAUUCGACCGAGCCCCGAAUUCAGAUCGACGAACGACAUGAGGAUGGACACGAACAUCAGUCCCGAGUUUAAAACAGAAAUCGGCGCCGAUGUCGCCGGAAAAUCGAGUUUGAACGGAGAGAUACAAGCCGCCAGACAACACGUUCUCGUUAGCUCGGAUUUCCGAAAUAAUUUGUCGACGGAUCCUCGAGCUACGGUGCACGAUUGUCACAGGCAAAUGAAAGGGAACGCGAGUGGCAACGAAGCGGCGCCAUUUCCAGAUUUGAAGAAUAUUUCCACGGAGAGUAAGAUCAUGGUGAGCGACGGAAGACCGGUGAUGGACGUCUCCAGCAGCGAUUACGGAUUCUCCAAUUACUUGGGUCCGGCUAACUACCAGAUGCAGUACGUCAAUUACAUGGAACAGGUGCCUAUGGACCAGAAUCUACAACGAUUGUGGUAGGAGAAGAUUUCGAGAUUUCAAUGUUCUACGCUGUGUUCUCUCUGUUAUGUAUCAACCGUGUCGUUCGAUCUUUGAUCGAGUUAAUACACAGUAAGUUUACGUUCGUAGAAAAAUCGAAGCAAUUUUUCGAAAGGACACGAUUGAGCACGCGGAGAGAUCGGAAAAGCUGUAUUCCAUGAAAUUAGAGGAUUUUGCGGUUCAAACGAAAGUGUUUUACGAUUAGGGUCCCGCUUUCGAUUCGAGUGCGUCGCGGCCAAAGCUUAGAUGUUAGGAAAUUGUUCGGCAUCGUAAGUGAAUCGAGAUAUUUCGAGUAUUAUUUUUGUAACCGAUGGUUUCGGCCUUCCGUCGCUUAUAUCGCUAAUCUUUCGGACUUCCAAGUAUAAGUUAUGUUCGUCGAAGUCAAGUUUCUAACACUUUGGUAGUCGAAAAGCGAGGUAAAUAGAAAAAUAAAAAACAGAAAGUCGGACAAUUUAUCCGCAAGUCUCCGAUGCUGUUAUCCGCGAGAAUGACGGUUGACAAAAAAUGGAGAAUCGCGUGACAACGUUACCAAACAGGUAGCCAAGGAGUAAUCGUGGCUGGUGCAUCUUUUAAUCACCGCGAUUGCGAUAGCCUUAAGUUCGACAUAGUUAGACUGUAAGGCCUACAGGCAGCUGUAUUUCAUUUUCUUCUUGUUUUUCCCUCCUGGUUCUCUUGUAGUUAGGUAAGAUACUCUCCCCUUCGAAAUAGUAACGCGCCGCUCAAGAAGCCCGAACGGAAAUUGCUUCAAGUGGCUUUUGCGGAAACAUCAGUUACUUCGUAUUCCGCAGACCUCGCCUUUCUCGUAAUUCUAUUUCUCUUUUCUCUCUCUUUUAUUUUUUGUCUUUUUCCUCUCGGUAAUUCGGUUCUUUAAUCCGUCGAGAAUACAUUUACAACCGGAGAAAUCGCGAGAACUUUACUUCGAUUAUCGCGCAACGAUCGUUUCUUUCGGUGGAAAAUCUGCGAUGCUACGCUGCACUUUUGUACCAAAGUUCACGAUUGAUUGCGGCAACAAGGAUACGAGAAAAUAAAUAAAACGAAAGA